AGGCAACGGACAUCAUACGUCGCGGGUGAGAAAGUUUCGGCUAGUGAGAUUCUGGUCAAUCCAAUAAGACAUACACCGCAAAAUGCCUCGUCCACACGCACAUGGCGCCCGCCACCGUCACGCACCGAGGCAGCAGUGCGCAUUGCUGAGUUUGAGGAUUCCGGAUUUAUUUGUGGGGCUGCUCUCUUUGGCAAUUGGGAGUCGGAGCAAGGCCUCAAUGUGGGCAAUGGAGCAGAGUUCUAGUACAGAGGAGCUCACUAUCUCGAGUGCCUUCUCGUUCCACACAGAUGUGAUGCCACCUACGGUGGAUGUGAGCCGGGUUGGUGUAGAGGUUGCUAGGCCAUUUACCCUUAUUGAAAGGAUUGUGCAAAUCUAUAGUGCUACUGCCAGAAAUUGGGAGAAAACACCUAUUGAAAAUGCUGUCAAUGUAGUAUUUGCUUACGCCAAGUUGAUAGAAGAAUACAAUAAUGUUAGCAAUGAUCAUUCUAAAUCCACAGCUACAGCCAACCGAGUAGGCACUGCCUUAGUUCUACUCCAGUUACACUUUCUCGUCGCAGCUUUCCCUACUGGCCACUGCUAUUAUGAUUUCCAUUUUCACUUUGAGGACGAGCCGCCUCUAUUCUUCUUUCAUGACCCACCUUGA